AUGAAUAACCUCGAAGCACGUUUCGGCAGCCUCCGCGACAAGUUCGGAGAACUCGUGCAAUUGAAUUCAAAACUAGACAUGAUCCGACAGCAAUACGUGCGAGACGGCACAAAAGCGACCACAGGAACAAAGACCCGCGCGAGAGCUCGAAGGGCACCCCAAGUUCGAGACCACGACAUUGUGAACAUGAUCGGGCCAAUUGCGGUGGCGUUCGCGGAAAGGAUACCUGAAUUCCAACGUGGCCUGGACCAGUUCGAAGCAGAUCUUGGAGCAUGGAAGCACAGUUCCGCGCCGUCUUUGAACGCAUCAUUAGUAGCUGGCGAACACGCGGUCCUAGCCAGUCGGCCUGGACGUCCAGUUGGGAUCGGAGGAGGGGCGAUCUCGAAUGCAUCAUCAAGCCACAUGUCGGAGUUAUCUAUGGUCGAUCAUCCCAGGACGGACAAAGCCAGCUCGCAUGGAGUGGACCAUGUUUACAACGCGAGGGCCAACACCAGGGUCGAGGGCAACUCGGAGCAAGAGCCUCCCAACAGCCCGGAAGAGGCAACUGCGAGACCAAACAGUCUAGCCAGUCAAUGCAAAGGGACAAGCGAAGACGCAGAGUCAAGCGAGACAGAAACAAGCGAGACCACAGCGAGAAACGGAAACCAAGCCGCCAACGACGUGACGAGAUCGCGACACGUCGAGGGGGACAAGCGAAAGCAGAGACCGCUUUGUCUUGAUUCGACCUUUCAAAAUCGAGUUGUACUCCGAUGCCCGAGUCUGAAUCCUGCCACCAUCAAGCUAUACGAGGAGGCAGACUAUUUCGGCGUCCAGUAUGGCGCUCGGUCAGGUGAUUUCGACAAUCUGCCCAAACGACCGAGUGUCGAGGAGGCGAUAAACUUCCUGGAGAACCUUAUUAGAGCUCCUCUAAAGCAUCCCAUUAGCUACUACGGUGGCGGCGGGACUUCUCCACUGGACUAUAUGCUCCACCCCGGAGAGACUCUAGCUAGAUGCAAGGAACUAUACGUGGCGAAUACUAGCUAUUACCAUAUCGGGGCGGCCUACUCUAGCACUGCUUUCUACUGCGAGGACGCGGACUUCUUAUCGUGCAAUAUCACUAACAUAGGAUAUAAGAUUUAG